AACAUCCCUUUUCCACCCAACGGCCCAACUCAAACCCAACCCAUUUCUCUUCUUCUUUCUCUUCUUCUUUGUUUUUGUUCUUCUUCUUCUUCGAUCUAUCGAUCGAAAGAGAGAGAGAGCGAUGUCGUGCUCGUCGUCGUCGUCGUCGUCGUCGUCAGGGGAGGAGGACGAGGGCAUGGACGAAUACCGGAAAGGAGGUUACCACGCCGUGCGCCCUGGUGACUCCUUCGCGGCCGGCCGUUACAUCGCUCAGCGUAAGCUCGGCUGGGGCCACUUCUCCACCGUCUGGCUCGCCUUUGAUACCCAUUCCAAAAAAUUUGUUGCUCUGAAAAUUCAAAAAAGUGCGGCGGAGUUUGCUCAAGCUGCACUUCAUGAGAUAGAGCUCCUUUCGGCAAUUGCCGAAGGGGAUCCAUCGAAUUCUAAGUGCAUUGUUCGAUUGCUAGAUCACUUUAAGCAUGCCGGUCCGAAUGGGCAGCAUUUAUGUCUUGUGAUUGAAUUUUUGGGGGAUAGCUUGCUGCGAUUGAUCCGAUACAAUCGUUAUAGAGGGAUAGGCUUAAACAAUGUUCGAGAUAUAUGCAUGCCAAUAUUGAUUGCUCUAGAUUACUUACACAGGGAGCUUGGUGUUAUUCACUCUGAUUUGAAACCAGAAAAUGUGCUUCUCUAUUCUACCAUUAACCCGGCCAAGGACCCGAUACGGUCGGGAUUUUCUCCAAUUCUUGAAAGGUCUGAGGGCAACCCAGAUGGGAAAGUUGUGGUUAAUUUCAUUGAGAAGAGGCUGAAAAUGAAGGCAAAGAGGGCUGUGGCAAGAAUCUCAGAGAGAAAAUCAUCAAUGGGUGGACCUUCUCAGAGAGUGAGGAGCUUGGAAGGGAUUGAUUUGAGAUGCAAGAUUGUAGAUUUUGGUAAUGCAUGUUGGGUAGAGAAGCAAUUUAUGGAAGAAAUUCAGACCAGACAAUAUAGGGCUCCUGAGGUUAUUCUUGGGGCAGGAUAUUCUUACUCUGCUGAUUUGUGGUCUUUUGCUUGCAUUGCUUUUGAGCUUGCAACCGGUGACAUGAUGUUCUCUCCCAAGGGUGGCAAUGGAUACAGUGAAGAUGAGGACCACUUGGCCCUGAUGAUGGAACUCCUUGGAAAGAUGCCAAAAAAGAUAGCCACUGCCGGAUCCCGAUCAAAGGACUAUUUUGACAGGCACGGUGACUUGAAGAGGAUCCGAAGGCUGAAAUUCUGGCCGUUAGACCGUCUUCUGAUUGAAAAAUACAAGUUUUCAGAAUCCGAUGCACGGGAACUCGCAGAUUUUCUUUGCCCGCUUCUUGAUUUUUCCCCUGAGAAACGGCCAACCGCAGGACAAUGCCUGCAACAUCCCUGGCUCAAGAACAGAAAUCAAUCGCCCACCAUCGAGAACCAGGUCGGCAUCGAAGAUCUAGUUGUUGGCAUGAGCAAGCUACAUGUCAGCAAAAACAGAUGAGAGAAUUUUUCGGUAUUUGACACCUCGACCCCUCGUUCUUAUUACACUGCAUUUCAUAACACACAUUUUAUGUUUCCCUCAUGAAACCUAUGAAAUUUAAACAAGUGUGGUCAUCAUCAUCAUCAUCAUCAUCAUCAUGUAGAGUAAUUUUAGAAAGAGUUUUUGAUUCUUUACUUGAGUUCCAAUAAAAAGAAGGAUUAAGAGAAGGGUACCAAACAAAGUUCUUCAUACCAUUCUAUAGGUUUUGAAGAAUUUUCAACUGGUAAAACUAUUUUGGGGCCAUGAGACUUAGCUAUUUUUUUUCUGGAGAUAUAUGGCCUCUUUUUGCUGUUUGUAGAGUGCUCAAACAGAAGUUCUUUAACCUUCUGGGAAAUAAUGGUGUGAUGUGUGUGUGUGUGUAUAUGUAAUGUAUAUUUAAUUCAAGCUGUGCAUGUUAUUUGUUACAUUACAUGUACAGGCUUAUUAUUGUAACAUUUUUAACAUUUUUUUUUAAAAUAUUCUCAAGACUGGAGCUCAUUGAGUGUGGGUAUCA